AUGGGGGAGACAGAGCUGCCCAAGGAUGCUCCUGAGACGUCCACACAGAAUCCCGGCGAUUCCAAUGCCGCGCAGGCAGAGGACAUGCAAAGAUUUGCCAGCAAGGCAUCCAUCGCCAGUUCCGUGGGAUCCCUCAACUCGAUGGACGAGAGCGAAGCCGAAACGGAGACCGAGGAAGAUGUGAAAUGGAGAGAGCAGAUGAGGAAUGAGCAAAACUUUCAAUUUUCGCGCAUCGUCUCCGGCACGCGCAUGCACUUGAAGCCGGACCAGUCCGAGAUACCAGAAGCCACAGCUGAGCACUUGCGACGCUACGUGCAGCAGGCGCGAAAGCUUGGUGUGAUCACGGCCAUUGCUGUGAACAGCCACGUUGACAAGGUGAAGCAGAUCGCAGAGGAGGCUGAGCCGGACCUCACGCUUCACGUUCUUCAUGUGCCAUGCUGGGGAGCUUUCGUCCCUGCGCUGAAUGCGCUCCUGAACUUCGCCCAGCGAAAGGGGGCCAAGUACAUCUUGUACCAGUCUCUUGAGGUCUGUUGCACUCGCGAUGUCCUUCAGAGGGUGCUGGAUCACCACGGUUCGGACUGCUUGGUGGUCGGGCCCGUCUUCGAGGGCCACAACUUCCGCCCAGGAGAGCAAAUUCUCGAUGGCCGCAGCUCUCCCUGGAACACCCUGGCGCUGUGGUCGGUCAGAAAACUCGCACUGACAGGCUUCCUGUGCAUUGCAGACGGCCUGCCGGACGUUCCGCCCUCCAUGAACAGAGAGAUGGGAGCACAUCAGAGCCAUAGGCAUCCACGCAAACUCACCUUGCUGGCACCGUGUCUGGAGCCCUCCCUGGCAGAUCUCAGAUAUCUGGCCAAGCACCACAGCAGCCCAGUCUACAAAGAGUUGCGAGUACGUAUGGGCAAGCGUGGAGGAUGGGAUUCAACCUCCAGAAAGGACCACGACUAUGGCUACGACUCUGCCUACUGGUCGCAGCCUGGAGUAUCCCAGGGCCGUGGCGAUUGGACACAUGGCAAAGGAGCAGGGAAGAAGCAGGGCAAGGAGCACAAACCCGAGCGAGCCCAGCCGCCCCAACCAGCUUUCCCGUCCUACGAGGCGAUGGCUGUGAAGGGAGGAAAGCAGGGCAAGGGUGGGGCCAAGACUGGUGGCAAGGCCCAGCCGGACCAAGAGCCCAUCCUGGAAGGUGCGACGGGCGAGUUGGCCCGAUACGUACAGAAGCUGCUGAAUACACUACGAAGGUCAGACAGCAAGCUCAGACGUUGCGAGAUGGAGAAGGACGAGGCACAGGCCAAGUGGGAGACCUAUCAAAAGAACCUCAAACAGUCCUUCAUCCAGGAGCGGCAGAAGUUCCACGAGCGCCUCGACAAGGUCAAGACCGAGCAAGCGGAGCACAUGAAGCUCAAAGACGGUGCGCUCCAAGAGCUCCAGGAGAUGGUGGCCAACCCUGGACAACUGAGGCGACCCAGGGAGGAGCCGGCGGUCGAUGUGGAGGCAGAUGCGGAGUGGGACGAGCUCAUGGCAGAGCCAGCCGAUCCAUGGGCAGCUCUCCCCGAACUGUUGGCAGGGGCAGCAGUUGGUGGGCGGGAGCUCCAAGCGGCGGCCAGACAGCAGCUCCUCGGAGCAUUGAGUCUGGCGAGGGAGCAACCAGCCGACAAGACCCCGCCAAGGAAGCCCCACCAGCCACCACCGAUCUCUCCUCCAGCUACCGAGAAGUCUGCCCUACCCAGUGGCCAUGGAGACAAUGGAGCCGCCACGUACAGUGGAGGCGAGACACCAGCUGGGCAAGAUCCCUACCAAACCUCGCCGUCGACAACCGGAGCGCCAAUGCCGACGAUCAGAUCUCGCUCCCGAUCGCACACCAGCGGCCCGAGAGUGUCGGUGAAAGCUCACACCAAUGGGCCGGUCAAGACGGGCAAACACGCAUCCCUCACGGACAAGCUGGAGGAAAAGCGUGCAAAUGCCCUGGCAGAGCAAAGCAUGAUGAGAGUCAACCUGGUGGAGGACGACGACGAGGACGACCCCAUUACGGCGCCCCGGGCCAAUGGAGUCGAGGAGGAGGAGUAG